AUGGAGAGCAAUGUGUCCUCGUCUCUCAACGUGACCUCUGCCCCGACACAAUUCCCUCAACUCAAUACCACCGGUGGCAUCAAUACCACAGUGAAACCCUUCAGUGUGUUCGAUGGGUGCGAUGAUCAGGUAGAGGGCAUCCUCUUUGACCUGACCCUUCAGUGCAUCAAUGUCUUCAUAGGGAUCCCUGCCAACCUACUUGUCCUCGCAGUCCUCAUCCGCGAUCGCAAAGAACCCUCCACUUCGGACAUAUUCCUUGGCUGCCUGGCCUUCAUGGAUUUCUACUUCAGCACCAUGCCCCCCCUCAGCUUCAUUAACCUUUACCACUGGCAGAGCAAGGGGGUGUGGUCCGCCCUCAAGUUCUCCUACGGAGUGAAAGACACCAGCGGCCCCUUGUUUCUGUCCUGCAUCUGCCUGGAUCGCUUUGUGGCCGUGCUCAUGCCGAUUCAGUUUGGGCAGCUCAAGCACAUCAAGUACAGGUUGAGCCUCUCGGUCCUGGUGCUCUGCCUCACCUUUGCCUAUUCGGCUGCUAAGACUGUGGGAGGCCUCCCCAACUUUGAGAAGGUGUUCACGGGUGAGAUCCUGGCAACAUUUACCUGGAUGGUUAUGUGUAACGUGAGCAUCCUGUGGGCUCUGAAAAGAUCCCGCGGUGCAGGAAAAGAUGAGAUGCACCCUAUGAAGAGGAAAGCGUUCAAGAUGGUGCUGUCCAUCCUCUGUAUUAUUGUUUUUAACUACCUGCCCCCUGUGGCUCUGUUCCCCUUCGAAGACUACUACUCCCCUGAUGUGUUCCGCUGCUACGUGCAGCCCGUGGGCUUCGCCUUCCUCAACAUCAGCAGCACCAUCCAGCCGCUUGUUUACCUGGGUCGUCUGAAGAAGGUGCCUUUCCUCUCUGACACCUGCGUUAAGAAGUGUUGCUCCUGUGUCACUGCAGCGAAUAACAAGAUCACACCUGAGCAAAAUCAAAAUUCUUGAGAUAUAUUACAAUAAUAAGCACAGAGAUUGUCAUUGAUUUCAUUUCUCUAUACUUCUAUGAUUAAGUUUAACUGAAUGUGUUUUUAUGCUGGGUAGUGGUUUUAUUGCAAAA